UUGCCAAACAGAGGUUGGUCUUAAAAUUUUUUGCGACGACGUCUUGAUUCCCAUACCCUCUCUCUCAACCCAUUUGGCUUGACAGCUCCAAUGGCUUCCUCCAUGCCCAAACAACUUGGAGAGCUUCUCCAAGAGAAACAAGAGCCUUUCAUCCUUGAGCUCUACCUGUUUGAGAAAGGGUAUGUGAGAAACAACUUCAAUUCAGAGACCAGCUUUCAUUGCUGCUCUGGCAAUCCAAGCAGGUUCUUGAAGAGGUCAGCUUGCUGGGGUGAUCUAAGCAAGAGAAAAAAAGCUAUUCCAAGCUGUUCCAAGAAUGUAAAACUUCUGUUUAACAAGAUUGUAUCCAUUAGUAACCAUAAAUUGAGGAAUUCUGUGAGUGGAGAGAGGAAAUCUAGUGUCGGUGAGACCAGCAGGAGCAACCAACAAACUGCAGAAUCAGAUAGAUUUUCCUCUGCUGGCAGCACAACUGUGUACAAUUCUUGCUCCGAGAUCGAUAUAGAAGAUGGACCAAAUUCUUUGCAGACAGAUGGCAUAGCCUUCAAACUUGGCAAUGUUCCACAGGAAAAAGAGAUAGAAAGCUUCAAUGGAGAUGCAGGGAAGACAAUAAAUAAGGAACUCAGUCCUGUUUCAGUGCUAGAAAAAAUAACUCCCAAUGAAGAUUCACCAGUUCAUGACAACAGAAAUCAAAAUGCCAAAAUUCCUUUCUCUAAAUUCAUUGUCCAGACAUCAAGGGAUGAGCCAAGUUGUACCAGUGGUCUCACAGCAUCACAGCUGCUUUCCAGGUCUGAUCCUUCCUCUCAGUACUUGGAAACCAAAAGGGUGUUGCAGCAAUCAAAACAGUUGCUGUUUGAUUUCGUGAGGGGGAUGGUAGAGACACAUGCAUGGAAGGCUAGAGCGCGACAAUGUUUUCUGGAAUUCCCAGGGCCUGAGGAGCUUGGAAAGCUCCUCUGUGAGGAUAUGAGGAAUUGGAGCAAGUUAUCUGGAAAUGAAAGUAACACAACCCAACUGAUGAAUUCAGAAUUCGCAGCUUCGGCUGCAGAAUGGAGCGAGUUUGGACCACAGGUGAAGGAAAUUGGUUCAGAGAUUGGAGAUGCCAUUUUAGAAGAUAUCAUCAACAAUGAGAUUGUUGUAGACAUGAUUGAACUUGUUACUUAAAAUCGCUUUCUCGUCCUCCCUUCGGUCCAAUGGAAUGGUCUACACAAAGCCAGGGUUGGCAAAUCUCUCACUUGGAUGUGAGCUCAAAAGGGCUCUUCAUUAGGAUUGCUAAUUGCCGAUCAAUCUCCAGCAAAAGACCUUUCUAGUGCAUAAUGAACUCCUACAGAUGGCAUAUUCCGCCUCAACUUUCACAACCGCCUCUCCUAGAAAGAAGCUGAGUUAAAAAAGUUGAAAGAUCAACUCUCCAAUCCCUCCAAAGUCAUAAACUGCUUGUUCAAUCUAUGGCUUCGCUUAAUGGACAUGGCAAUACUACCUUAGCUACACAACCAGUUUUUUUACCCUCAUUUCUUUCCUUCCCUCAUUAUGUUCAAUUAGAAAAGUUAGGGAUCAUGAAAAAUUUUUCACGAAAAUGAUCAUGAAAGAUUUAUGAUUCUUGGAUUACCUUGAUUAGUGUGCGUUGUUUUAUUUUAAGUGUAAUCCAAUGGUCACAAAGCUUUCAUAAUUAUUUUCAUGAAAAAUUUUUCAUAAUACCUAGCAUUGUUGAUGUUCAAUAGGUUAAAAUUUGCGGACUUGGAUUCAAAAAAUUCAAAAAAAAAUUCUAAGUGCACCACUGACAUUUGUACGCCACGCCAAAGAAAAUGGAUUUCUCUCCCACCUGACCGAACAACGAUGGUUGUCUACUCCACCCAUUUCACGCCUACUACUCUUAUUGGUCCAGAAGCACAACAUGAUGACCUAGUGCUCAAUCCGAGGACUAGAGGUUAAUUGAAAAGGCUUUUGUUACAAACUUUUACAAGCUGCUGUACUUUUUGUCUGUACAUUCGUAAACAUGUAUAUCUCUACAUCCUAAAGCUUAUUUUUUUUUUUUUAUGUUUUUUUUCAAGGCAAGUGUUAAAACCAAACUAGAUGAUUAGAUGGAAGAUGUUGAUGUUUUAACAACCAGCAACCAAAGCAUACAUCUAAUGUAGACAUUUAAGAUAUAGAUAUUCCCAUCCAUUCAUUUGCAUUA